AUGAUUACUGAUAGUGAAAUAAAGGAAUUUCUUCCGUAAAGUGUUUAAAAACAGUAUAAAACAGAACCAAUUGAUUAAAAUAUAAGUGAUCUUUCAUUUAGUUUUACACAUAGCUUUAAAAGUAGUGUAAAACCAAAGUUGAAUGAUUCAAUAUAAUUCGAAACUUAGAUGGCUUAAAGGAUUUAAACUAAACCACCUUUGACAUCAACAAGUGAUAAAAGAUUUUAGAUCCCAAUAAUUAGAGAUAAAACAUAUUUCAAUUCUGAAUUGAUAAGUGAUUAAAUGUCAACUCCAAGAUCAAGAUUGUAAGAUUGUAAAUUUUAGCUUAUUCAUCUAAAGCUUUAAAAUUAACAGAACCAAAAGAUCAAUAAAUAAAUAUUAAUUGAGAAACUAUCUAAAUUAUUGAAAGAAUCUUCAACAUUAAAUAUUUCAAAAUCAAAAGAAAUGAUGUAAAUUGAAUUACUCUUGGCUGCAUACAAUUAAUUACAUUUAAGUCAUUCAAAAUUAAAACAUCAAAAUAAAAAUUUAGAAUAAGAAAUCAAUUAUUGGAAACUUAAAUAUUAAGAAUUGGAAAAAAAGACAAAACAAAAUAUCCACACUAAAAGUACAUCAUUAUAAGUUUAAUCGAAUAAACCAAUAAAUUAAAAUAUAACUGAGAGAUUGAAAACAUAAACGUAUUUAUAAAAUACUUUUAAGUUGUCCUGA